AUGAUUAAAACCACAUUGAUGAGUUUUCGCGACGUGAAGAAAGCAUCUGUGACUGACGAGUCUGACGACGGCUACUACGAAAAAUUUCAAUUGCUUUUUCUAGAAAUUCCACAUGUUGAAUUGACUCAGAUAAGUGGGCUCAAUACCAUUGAGGUGUCGGGGCAGUUUAAAAAUACCAGACGCGAUCCAAGGCAAGUUUUCGAUGCUACAAGGAGAUGUCUACAUCUAUAUAACGUAUUUGUCGGUGAAAUAUUGGAAAGGGGACACAACAAUCACGAGACAUGA